CCUCGCCGCAGUUCUUUAGCCACGUCAAAUGGUUUAUGAUGUCGGGGGGCAUUUGGAUGCUAGACGAGUCAAAAAGAUCACUCGCGUUCGUAAUUUUCUAUCGGUUCUAUUCGAUGGCGUUUCCCGUAUACUGUGCCUCGAUGGCCACUUCGUUGGCCAUAGAGAUACCUAAUUUGAUCAGCGAAAGUUCAACGGCAGUGAUGGAGAACGUGGCCAGAGCGUUGGUGGUGGCCAUCGUGGUAACGAAACUCGUCAUGUGCAAGAAAAAACGCAUCGUUGACCUAUUCGAGGCGGCUUCAAAGCAAUUCGCCGAGAUCGCAGGUAAUGCCGAUCCUGAAAUCAUAAAAAUCCUGCAACAGCACGUGGAGUACUGGAAAAAGAUCCUGCUGGUCCUUGUGGUUCCGGUCAUAUUCGGGUACCUGCUGCUUUGCGAGAUGGGCAUAGAAAACACAAUAAGGUUCGAUUGGCUUUCGAAACCACCGAAUGUGUCUUUGAACGCACCCCUGCCCUCGAAUUUUUGGUACCCGUUCGACAAAAACGCGUACCACCAUUGGCUCCUGCUAGACCAGUGCCUGCGGGUCGGAGGGAUAACCACGGGGAUGAACUCGGUUGCGGCGAUGAUCAACUCGUUGAUGGUUUUCAUGCGGCUGCAGAUCAAACUGCUCCAGCACCAUUUCAGGAAUUUUGAUAAGUACGGUGGCGGACCUGAAGAUCUUAGAUGGUGCGAUGGCGGAGGAACGAGCAAGUUGAGGCUGCUUUGCAGGAGACACCAGGAGCUUAUCGCGUACGUGGAAAAAUUCAACGAAGCCCUCAAAUACAUCAUUCUAUUGGAGUACACCUCGUCCUCAAUCAUGUUUGCAGGAGCGAUCUUCCAGAUAGUGUCCGUUGUUUCAGGGGGAAAAAGUAGUCUUCGCGUUUUUUUUCAUGGUGUUCAACUACGCACAGCUGAUGACCUUCUCGUGGAACUGCAACGAAAUCCUCACCGAGAGCGCGGAAUUGGCAACAGCGCUUUUCGAAAGCGAUUGGUACUUGUCGAAUCCAGAGACGAAGACACUGAUCCUCAUUAUGAUGGUCAGAUCCCAACGGCCUCUCAUACUGACCGUGGGUCCUUUCGGAUCCAUGACGCUGGAAGCUGGAAUGUCAAGACUCAAAAUAGGUUACUCUUACGCUUCGGUGAUGGCAACCAGCAGCGAAUAGAUUCUGUGUCACCAAAUCCACUCGGCACUUGGGUCCUCUCCAGGGCGUUCGAAAAAGGGCGGCAAUUUUCUUUCAUCAUUUGAUUUGUCCAAGGGAUCCUCGAAGAUGAUCUUUUCGUGAUCAUUUUGCCAAUACUACAGCCAGAAAAUCUACUUAACCAUAUUUUUUGCGGCACCCUUAUUUGAACACCCUGUAUAGACUCCACUUUAUCACGACUGAUGUUAAGUGUAUAAUUGUCAUCCUAAGUAUAUGGUCCU